AUGUUCGGAAACUCCGGCCGAAAGGACAAGAACGAAAUCCCACUACUGGUUCCCAUCGAACGUAGCCGGAGGGAAAUUCGACGGGAAAAGAAUAGACUGGCACAACGACGGCAUCGAGAGGCAAAGAGAAGAGGUGCCAGCAAAAUACAUGUUCACGAAAUCGCCAACACAGGUCAAGAGCAAGCGAACAUUUCCUCCGUGGAGAAACGGAAGUCGGAAAGCCCAAGCCAGAAUGCGGCAGAUCCUAUAGCGCUGGAUUACUUUGAAGAAAUUGAUAACAUUCCAGAUGCAAUCGAAGCUGGGCAAACGGAGAAGGAGCUCGUUGAUGAGCUUGCCGAUAUCGGUUCGUCGUGGGGAGCAAAUUUCUAUCAAGAGAACCCAUUAACAAGCCAUCCGGCCGGUGCUACUCCAGAGACAGCGGCUCUUCAUAACAGCCCACUGAGCGUUUUUCCGAUUAGCCGACGACAGUCGGUAAGAACUUCUGAUAUCCACCGUUGGAGCUGUAACAGCGAUUCUUCCCCUCUGGGCCCUCCGGUUCCACUUGAGCAGAUCAACUCCACACUGAUCCCAAUAGGGCCUUUAGAUAACCGCCAGUCGCCAUUAUUUUUUGAAAGUUAUCACUCACUUCAAUCGGGUUCGGAACCGACAACAGGACCUUCUUCACGGCUACCAGAUUUGAGCGGUAGCUUGUUCCAUAGUGAAGAUAUAAAAGAGCAUAGAGGCCAUAAAUUCCAUAACGAACCGAGUCAAUCACGUCAUUUUGAUGACUCCUUCCGACUGAAGUCUCAAGAGCUCAUGGAAACGAUAGCGCAAACCUCGGGUAGGUCUAAUAGCACAUGUAGAAAUAAACGAAGGAGAACAACAUACGGUGGGACUGAACACCGGUUGGAAAAGAUCCUCUCAACCAUUGAGGAAGCGGGUUAUGAAUCCCUCGAUGCGGCAGCAGCAGAAUACUAUACGGCUGAGUUUCCUAAAGAUACACUCCUUGCAUCUGAACAGUUCCACUCUCGUACUCGGCGUCUCAGCAGAUUCUUGUACCAAGUGCACCAAGGCUCCAAGACUUGGAGUGAGAAAGAAUCAACAGGCUACCGUGACGCAGUUAUUCGAGCCACAGAAGAUAUAUUUCGAGACGAAGUGUACCGUCAUGCAGGAGAGCCUAACGAGCUAUCAUUUGACCAGCGUAGCCAUACCUCUCAAUCCCAUUCGUCCAUGAAUAGUCCUUUGAUGUUUCCUCAUGGAGAUCCUGGAAUCUCUGAGUCGAUAGGUGGAGUCUCGCCACAAGAUACGAGAAUAUUAGCCUAUACAGCUGUCCAAAACCUCCUUCGCGACAGAGAUCUAGCCCCGGUCCUGAUGCAGGACGUAUCUCGACUUCAGAAUACAGUACGUUGA